CACGCUAUAGCAGAGAACUAGGCAGGCCAACUUGCAGAGAGUGCAGCUCAGCCUCGGCAGCGGCUGCUUCCCACUUGGGGGUCUUCGGAGAGCAUCGCGCUCCCCAUGUGCGCCGCUGUGCCCGUUGGAUGUUGAGAAAUCGCGCCGUGCGCCUCUUCAGGAGCCACCAUGUCAAACCCGACCCACGACCCGUUCUACUCGUCUCCUUUCGGACCCUUCUACAGGAGACACUCGCCCUACAUGGUCCAGCCCGAGUAUCGGAUCUACGAGAUGAACAAGCGGCUGCAGACGCGCACAGAGGAAAGUGACAGUUUGUGGUGGGAUGCUUUUGCUACAGAGUUUUUUGAGGAGGACGCCACCCUCACGCUCUCCUUCUGCCUGGAAGAUGGACCAAAGAGAUAUACGAUCGGCCGGACGUUGAUCCCCCGUUACUUCAGCACGGUAUUCGAGGGAGGGGUCAGCGAGCUCCACUACAUCCUCAAACACUCCAAGGAGUCCUUUCACAACUCCUGCAUCACCCUGGACUGUGAACAGUGCACCAUGGUCACCCAGCACGGGAAGCCGAUGUUUACAAAGGUUUGUACGGAGGGACGUAUGAUACUGGAGUUCGCCUUUGAUGAUCUGAUGAGGAUCAAGACGUGGCACUUUACCAUUCGGCAGUACCGAGAGCUCAUCCCCCGCAGCAUCCUCGCCAUGCACGCACAAGACCCUCAGGUGCUGGAACAACUGUCCAAAAACAUCACUCGCAUGGGUUUGACCAACUUCACCCUCAACUACCUCAGGUUGUGUGUCAUCCUGGAGCCCAUGCAGGAGCUCAUGUCGCGGCACAAGACCUACAACCUCAGCCCCCGGGACUGUCUCAAGACAUGCCUAUUCCAGAAAUGGCAGAGAAUGGUAGCUCCACCAGCUGGACACCCACAGAACUUCAAAACGGAAAUAUUCCCCACAAAUCACAAAAAAGCCGAGCCUGCCCGACAGACGACCACCAAGAGGAGGAAACGGAAGAACUCGGCCAGCAGCGCAAACAGCAGCGUGGGAACCACCGCCGGCAAGAAACGCAGCCCCGCCACCAACUUCAGCCUCUCCAGUCAGGUACCUGACGUGAUGGUGGUGGGCGAGCCGACCCUGAUGGGCGGCGAGUUCGGGGACGAGGAUGAGCGUCUGAUCACCCGUCUGGAGAACACACAGUACGACGCCACCAACGGCCUGGACGACGAGGACGACUUCAACGGCUCCCCGGCGCUGGGCAACAACGGCCCCUGGAGCAGCAAACCCCCGGCCGCUCAGGACAGCAAGCCCGAGAGCACGGCGCCCCAAGCCUCUCAGUAAAACAAGAAGAAGAAGAAAGAGAAGAAGAAGAAAAACAACAGAUCCUCCUCGGCUCCAUGUGGACUGGACUUUUUUAACCUUACCCCCCUUUUUUCCCCUGAGGGCUUCAUAACAUUGAACCCACUCCUCCCCCGCCCCCCGUCUGCAAACUCUUCACCGGCAUGUCCAGCCAAAAUAUGUCCUCUUCUUCUUCUCUGAAUCACUGUAACAUCUCAGAGAACAUUGAGGUUGGCACAGCAAUAUCCACAUGACACAGACAUCAAAAUUUGUGUACAAGUCGUAUGCAACUGUAAUGUAAAAAAUAAAAAGGCGAGGCGUCUGCAUUUUUUGGGGGGGAGGAAUGCAGUGGAAAAUCCAGUUCAGAUUCUCCUUCCUCGGACCCCUCGGAUAUACAAACUGCUCGUCUGGUGGAAUACAGCAGCUGUGAUUGGUUGACCUGCAGGUCACGAGUCAUCAUGCUGACGGUAGACAGUGAGGAGAGAAAAAAGAAGAAUAAAAAAAACAACAAACAAAAUGUCUUUAAAAAAAAAAAAAAAAAAAAAGGAAAAGCUCAACCGUGAGAAUUCAAGGUGUUUUUUUUAAAAAAACAGCCACUGGAAGCAUCUCACCACAGCGGAGACAAAUGAAACACUGUUUGAGGGCGAAUGCAUUUUUUCUUCUAGACUCAGUUUGCUGUUGGUUUUGUUUUCUGCUCUUGCUUUUUUAUUUCCAUUUCCAAUUAAGGGGGAGAUAAAGAAAUUCUCUACCGCAAUGGACUGCGUUCAAACGAGGAAAAAAAUUGCGUCCUCGGAUUGUUUUUUUUUUCCACAUUUAACCGCGUCACAGAUUGUGAUUUCAUGCAAACCAGUUUGAUUGUGUUUGUAGUCAAUUGGUAUUUUUGCUUCUCUCAGAACACCCCGUUUUCUGCAAUCACGUUGUAAUUUUGCCGUUUAGUAGUGAACUUAACACACAUUGAUGCGUUAAUGCUGAUUUUUUUUUUCCUUCUCCCUUCUUGAAAAAUUGGACUUCUUUCCCUUUAACGACCUAACUCCCAAACUGAUACUAAAAGCCUUUUUCCUGCAUGAUUUUAUAGGAUUUUUUAUUUUCUUUGAUAUAUGUACUUUUUAAAAAACCAUCCGUUGUUUUUCGGGUUCAUCAGUUUGGGAACACUGUUAAAAGGUUUGUAGCUCUGUACAUAGAGGUGGAAUCUAUUUUGUCCACUGUAAAAUCAGCCACUGAAAAAGCAGUUUGGAUAUGGCAGCUGUUUUGUUUUGUGCAGGAGACUCAGAUUUCUGUCGGGUGGUGUCUGGAUGGACUUUGUUUGCCUCCUAUGUUUCCCUCUUGAGCUAGUGCAGAACCAAAGCCACAAAGUUAGCCGUCACACGAUCACAUUUCUUGUGUAUUCUGUGACAUGACAAGGGAAAACAAAACAUUUUUUUAAAAAUGACACGCAGAUCGAGUCACCUCCACCCCGCAGAAAUGCUUUGAGAUCCCUGCGUUUGUGUUCACGAUUGUUUGAAUCGAUAUUAUAUCCCUGAUCCUCGUUUUUGUUGGACUUUAGUUUGAAAAAUGGGCGAGAAGACAGCCACAGACGUCUUUAUACAAUUGGAUCUUAUGGGUAUUUAUUUGUGCAUUUGUAAGGAAGCUAACACAUUUCUAAAUAUGUUUGAGCCUAGUAUUAUUAGACACCAUUUGUACAUUAUAUAGCAGAGGUGUUCAGUGUCAUAUCUGAUGUCUGGUAUGUAUGCUUUACCAUUAUGUGUGCCAAUAAACCGUGCUUACAAAGGA